GGGGACUUGACCCAUCCCCAGACGAGAGGACUGUUUCUCUGCAGGGCUGGUUAGCCAUCCAGAGGGUGGUGGUGCUCCUGGAAGUCCUGAGCUGGGGUUGCCUGGAAGAUGACCGAAUAUAAGCUGGUGGUGGUGGGAGCUGGUGGUGUCGGGAAGAGUGCUUUGACGAUACAGCUCAUUCAGAACCAUUUCGUUGAUGAGUAUGACCCCACAAUAGAGGAUUCCUACAGAAAGCAAGUCGUCAUUGAUGGAGAGACCUGCUUGUUAGACAUCUUGGAUACUGCAGGGCAAGAGGAGUACAGUGCCAUGAGAGACCAGUACAUGAGAACGGGGGAAGGAUUCCUCUGCGUCUUCGCCAUCAACAACACCAAGUCCUUUGAAGAUAUUCACCAGUACAGGGAGCAGAUCAAGAGGGUGAAAGACUCAGAUGAUGUUCCCAUGGUGUUGGUGGGAAAUAAAUGUGACCUCCCAGCCCGGACAGUGGAGACCCGGCAAGCGCAAGACCUGGCCCGGAGUUAUGGGAUCCCCUACAUAGAAACGUCUGCCAAAACCAGACAGGGCGUUGAAGAUGCCUUCUACACCUUGGUGCGGGAGAUCCGUCAGCACAAGCUGCGCAAGCUGAAUCCCCCAGAUGAGAGCGGCCCUGGCUGCAUGAACUGUAAAUGUGUGAUAUCGUGAUGAUGCUGACUGGACUGUGUCUUGGAGAGAUUCCCACUGUGCAGAGUGCAAGGAAAGAGGUGAAGCGAAGGAAGAAGCAAAUGGAUUCAGGAGAGGAGUAUAGGGGGAGGGGGAGAGGAAGAGGACAGGGGGAGCAUGAGCCCCUCCAAGGACUAUCUCGCACUUCACCUAAGCCUACAACAAACAACUUUUUUUCUUUUUUUUUUUUUUUCUCUCUCCAUCCCCCCGUCUUUUUGCCUUCUCCCACCCCGGCAACUGUACAAAGCCACAGAUUGAAUCACAGUAAAUUAUUAUUUGAUGGUCUCAACAAA